AAUCUCCUGUUUCAAAUUUGAAGACGAUACUCAAAACUGUGGAGGUGACUGGACGGAAGCAAUUAUUCAGAGCAAGAGAGACAUGGACUACAUCACCACCAAAGCCAAGUAUCAUCUGCCCCCAAACACCACUUUCACGACUGAAAUUGUAAUUAAAAUGAAGAUAGAAAAGUUCCUUAACAUAUUCACUACGGACAAGUGUUUUAACAAAACGGUUUACUCAAAUGUAAUGAUGAAGAAAAAUGGAUGUGCCACCUUUCACAUUUAUGAAGAUGGUUACCACGUAACAAUGACAAAAGUUGGCAAGAAUACACCAUGUGCAAGUCAGCCAGAUGAGGGCGUGCUAUGCUUCUCGAAUAUCAAUGUUCAAGACCAGACUACAAAAGCAAUGCAUGAGAUGUCGACAACUUUAUAUGAUUAUAAAACACCAACCAUCAGUAACUCUGUGACAAACUCUGUGACACAACAUGUGACAAACACCCCCCAGGUUACAAGCCUUCCUCAACUUGAACCGUCAACAACGAAAUCCUUCCCUGUUACAGCUCUAGCUAGUAAUACUAAAAUGGAACUCGUUGCUACAAUCAAUAGUUGUUGGCCUGAAGUCGUCCCAUACAUUGAGCGUGUUGCACAGACAGAUGAAUGCUACGAAGACGAAAUAUCAGAUAAAAUCUCCUGUUUCAAAUUUGAAGACGAUACUCAAAACUGUGGAAGUGACUGGACGGAAGCAGUCAUUCAGAGCAAGAAAGACAUAGACUACAUAACCACCAAAGCUAAGUACCAUCUGCCCCCAAACUCUACUUUCACAACGAAAAUUGUGAUUAACAUGAAAAUAGAAAAGUUCCUCAACAUAUUCACAACGGACACAUGUUUCAACAAAACAGUUUAUUCAAAUGUAAUGAUGAAGAGGAAUGGUUGCGCCACUUUUAACAUUUAUGAACAUGGGUACCAAGUGACAAUGACAAAAGUUGGCAAGAAUACACCGUGUGGAAUUAUGUCAGAUGAGGGCGUGCUAUGUUUCUCGAAUAUCAAUGUUUGGGACCAGACGACAAGAGCAAUGAAUGAAAUGACAACUUUGUUUGAUUAUAAAACAUCAUCUAUCAGUGACUCUAUGGCAAACUCUGUGACAAACUUUGUCCAGAUUACAAACUCUCCUCAACUUGAACAGUCGACAACGGAACUCUUCCCUGUUACAGCACUUGCCAGUAAUACUAAAAUAGAACUCGUUGCCACAAUCAAUAGUUGUUGGCCUAAAGUCGUCCCAUAUAUUGAGCGUGUUGCACAGACAGGUGAAUGCUACGAAGACAAAACAUCAGAUAAAAUCUCCUGUUUUAAAUUUGAAGAUGAUACUCAAAAUUGUGGAGGUGACUGGACAGAAGCAGUAAUUCAGAGUAAGAAAGACAUGGACUACAUAAUCACCAAAGCUAAGUACCAUCUGCCCCCAAACUCCACUUUUAAAACUAAAUUUGUGAUUAGCAUGAAAAUAGAAAAAUUCCUCAACAGAUUCACAACGAACACAUGUUUCAACAAAACGGUUUACUCAAAUGUAAUGAUGAAGAGGAAUGGUUGCGCCACUUUUAACAUUUAUGAAGAUGGGUAUCAAGUGACAAUGACAAAAGUUGGCAAGAAUACACCAUGUGCAAGUCAGCCAGAAGAGGGCGUGUUAUGUUUCUCGAAUAUCAAUGUUCAGGACCAGACGACAAGUGCUAUGAAUGAGAUGACGACGACUUUAUAUGAUUAUAAAAAAUCAUCUGUUAGUGACUCUUCGCAGCUUGAACCGUCAACAACGGAACCCUUCCCUGUUACUAUGGUCAUUAUCAUCGGUUCUGUUUGUACGUUUGUUGUCAUACUUCUAUCAUUCGGAUGCUUCUGUUUUGGAAGACACAAAGAGCGAAAAACAAGUAAGCAAGAAUCAGGUAAACGAGAGAUACACGAUGAUGUUGUACUUAUUCCGAUGCAACCGGGGAUUUGCAAUACUACAUAUGAUAUGGAACCAGAGCCACUCUAUACUACUAUCAUGGACAGUAGCGCCUAUACUGCUCUUAUGAGAUCACGUUCUGAAACAGCAUUGAACGUUGGUGGCGGACUUCUCUUACCACAAACUGGGUCUCUUCAAAGAUUAGUCGGAAGCAAGGGGUCUACCGGCACAUGUCGAUCAUAUCAACAUAAAAUAAAUCUCGGAGAUAUUACAAGGACAUCAGGGGCACGAACAUGUUUAGACUCUCCUGUACAAGACGCCGAUUACGUCAAUAAUAUUAAACUAGUGUCUGGCUCUAAAACGGCUAUGAAAGCCGAUACAAAUUCUACGAAAUUUGCAAGUUACAAUGAUGAUGGCAUUAACACGUUUGAUGAGGGUAGGAACAUUAAUGAUAUUGAAGCCGUGAAAGACAAACGAACAACAAUAACAACAGGGCAAGUUGACGCACACAAGACAGGAAGUAAUUAUGAGAAAUGUGGCGGAUUGACUGACAAAGACGGAUACUUAGCAUUGAAUGUGGACACAAUCAGAACAGGUGACGAUGAUAUAUACCUUCAGCCGGACUUUUGCGGUGAUACAUCAUCAAUGACAGAUAUUCAUUAAAUUAAAAAUUUAUAUAUAAACUAUUUAUUGUAUUUCCUUAUAAUAAUAUUAAUAAGAAAAACAAAUAUUUAGGUUGACAAAAACAGCAGCAACAACAACAACAACAACAA